AUGUACUUUAAAUCAUUUUUAAGCUAAAUGAUUGGCAGAUAAUCUUUAUUUGACUUUAAAUAGAAUAUUUAAAUAAAAGUUGUAUCUCAAUAAUAAAUUUCGCGCAAAAAUAAUAAAAUAAAAAAAGAAUCUUCAAAAUACAUUAGAAAUAAAUAGUAAGUUUAUUAGAACAAGAUGAAGAAGCAGUAACAAAAGAGUAUAAGUGAAAUGGAAAAACUGAGUAAAGACUUUCAUAUUCUAAAGCAAAAUUGCUAGAUAAAUCAAAAAUACAGAGAAACUUAUGUUGAUAAAGCUGACCAUCCUAAAUUUUUUAAUAGAUAGUCAAAAGAAAUAAAGUAGAAGUUUAUUGAUCACAUUGCUAUACUAGGCCUUAAUGAAAUAAAAAUAUCUCCCAUGAAUAGAGAAACAAAUUUUAAUUAUAAAAAUGGAAACCCUUGCUCCAGCAUAGAGUAAUAGCAAGACAGUGAUAUAAGUAUUUAAGGGCUGUCUCCAUUAAUCUUAAACAAUCCUCCAAAUUUAGAAAAAUAAAAAGCAAACUAAGAUAAAUUACCUGAAAAAAUUUGCUUACCAAGCCACAAUGCAAAUAGCAUGAAAAAGAUUUCUUCAAAAUAAAAUUUACUUUCAAAGGCUAAAAGUAAUGUUAGAAUAAUGGCAUCGAAUAAUUAGAAGAACAAAAUCUUGAAUGGGUUCAAGCUAAGUAUUGAAAGCUAAAAGCAAUAUUUAGAAAAUUAGCUUCAAAAUUAAUUUGUUAAAAACCAAAAUACUAGCAAAGAAGUUCUCAAAGAAGUUCACUAAGACCACACAGCAAUUUUGAAUAACUUCUUAGUCGACCAAACUAUAUUUGACUAACAAAAGGCAAAUGUAUUAAGUGAAAUCAGUCAAAAUUAAAGCUUUCAAAACUUAAAAGAAAACAUAGAAUUCAUAAAUUUAAAGGCUAGUAAAGUAGCUUAAUUUAAAUUAGAAGAUGAUGAAGAUGAACAAGAAGAUUAUUUUUAAAUUCUUUCUCCUACUACAACCUCAAGCUAGCAUUCUAAUAGGAUUUAUUUAUUUUAAAACCCUUAUUAGACAAACAAAGCAGAAGAAAAAGAUUUAAAAAAUAUGCCACAAGCUAAAUAUUAAAAAUAAACUUAUUUUGGAUAAACUGAACAAACUUAAGAAUCAUCUGGCGAAGAAUCAUUUAACUUAAAAGAAAAAGAAGAGUCUGAAGAAAACAGUGCUCUAAAUAAUUAAAAAACCCAAAUUUUAAACUAAACAGCCAAGUAAAGGGAUAAGCUAAAUAUGAUUUAUUAAUCUCCUCAUAACAUUAAAUUGAAAAUAGAUAAUACUCUUACCUAAAAAAAAUGCACUUUCCCCAUUUAAUUUACUUCAAGUGUUAGCUCUUAUUAGUAGUCAGACUCUAUUAACAAAUCUAUUUUCAAAAUGUGUUUACCAUCAAGCAAUAAGACAAAAUAAGAGGCUACAUUUUUAAAUGGAUUUAUUUAAUCUUAGAAAAAUAACCAAAGUUUUGGAAAUAUUCUUAAGAAAGAUUCUAAUUUCAAUCAAUAAAUUAAAUUAAUACCCAACUAAUCAGAAUAAAAAAUAUUAAUACCUAGAAAAUCAUCUAUUUAGUGUAGAGAAAUAAAAAGAGAUGUUAACCCUUUUAGCUAAGCCUUAUUUAUGAGCAAUAAUAAACAAAAAGAUUUCCAACCAGCUGCAUUCAAUAAAUAAGCUUUUUAAAAAGCCAAAUCUAAUCAAAAAUUAUCAAAUAUUCUGGUUUGA